CAAAGCAAAAUUUGUAAUAUGCCAUUUUUCCGAUGGACGCUUCUCCUUUUGGCUGCUGACGGAGCCGCGGGAAGAUGCCGAGUGGCUGCCACGCCACCGAGUCGGGGCACGUUCCGGGAGAGUGCUGGGUGGCACGCGUGUGUCUAAGCUGCCUUUCUCCUCUGGUUGCUAGGGAAAUGGUCCAGGAGUGCUGGGUGUGAGCCUCCCCUCUCGUCAAGCCGGAGACUGCGGUUGUCAUUGAUCCAUUGAAGAAGCAGGACCCGAAAUUACAGACAUUAGCAAUGAUGUGUGAAGUGAUGCCCACGAUUAACGAGGACACCCCAAUGAGCCAAAGGGGGUCCCAAAGCAGUGGCUCGGACUCAGACUCCCAUUUUGAGCAGCUGAUGGUGAAUAUGCUAGAUGAAAGAGAUCGUCUGCUGGACACCCUUCGAGAGACCCAGGAAAGCCUCUCACUUGCUCAGCAAAGGCUUCAGGAUGUCAUCUAUGACAGAGACUCGCUCCAGAGACAGCUAAAUUCAGCCCUGCCACAGGAUAUCGAAUCCCUAACAGGAGGGCUGACUGGUUCUAAGGGGGCUGAUCCACCGGAAUUUGCUGCACUGACAAAAGAAUUGAAUGCCUGUCGAGAGCAACUUCUAGAAAAAGAGGAAGAGAUCUCUGAACUUAAAGCUGAAAGAAAUAACACAAGACUGCUACUGGAGCAUUUGGAGUGCCUUGUGUCACGGCAUGAAAGGUCAUUAAGAAUGACUGUGGUAAAACGGCAAGCUCAGUCACCCUCGGGAGUGUCCAGCGAAGUUGAGGUUCUCAAGGCGCUGAAAUCUUUAUUUGAGCACCACAAGGCCUUGGAUGAAAAGGUAAGGGAGCGACUGAGGGUUUCUUUAGAAAGAGUCUCUGCACUGGAAGAAGAACUAGCUGCUGCUAAUCAGGAGAUUGUUGCCUUGCGGGAGCAAAAUGUUCAUAUACAAAGAAAAAUGGCAUCAAGUGAGGGAUCCACAGAGUCAGAGCAUCUUGAGGGGAUGGAACCCGGCCAGAAAGUCCAUGAAAAGCGUUUGUCCAAUGGCUCUAUAGACUCAACAGAUGAAACCAGUCAAAUAGUUGAACUACAAGAAUUGCUUGAAAAGCAAAACUAUGAAAUGGCCCAAAUGAAAGAACGUUUAGCAGCCCUUUCUUCCCGAGUGGGAGAGGUGGAACAGGAAGCAGAAACAGCAAGAAAAGAUCUCAUUAAAACAGAAGAAAUGAACACUAAAUAUCAAAGGGACAUUCGGGAGGCUAUGGCACAGAAGGAAGACAUGGAAGAAAGAAUCACCACUCUUGAGAAGCGUUACCUCAGUGCUCAGAGAGAAUCUACCUCCAUACAUGACAUGAAUGAUAAACUGGAAAAUGAGCUGGCAAAUAAAGAAGCCAUCCUACGGCAGAUGGAAGAAAAAAACAGACAGCUACAAGAGCGUCUCGAGCUGGCUGAGCAAAAGUUGCAGCAGACUAUGAGAAAAGCUGAAACCUUACCUGAAGUAGAGGCUGAACUGGCUCAGAGAAUUGCAGCCCUAACAAAGUCUGAUCCAACCUCUUCUACCUCAUCUGAUGAUUAUCAAUAUGUUAUGGAAGCUAAACUACAAGAAAUGAUCUCCAUACGUAGGAAGGCUGAAGAGAGACAUGGAAAUAUUGAAGAACGUAUGAGACAUCUAGAAGGUCAACUUGAAGAGAAGAAUCAAGAACUUCAAAGAGCUAGGCAAAGAGAGAAAAUGAAUGAGGAGCAUAACAAAAGAUUAUCUGAUACAGUGGACAGACUUCUGACUGAAUCGAAUGAACGCCUACAGCUACACUUAAAAGAAAGAAUGGCUGCUCUGGAAGAGAAGAAUGUUUUAAUUCAAGAAUCCGAAACUUUCAGAAAGAAUCUUGAAGAAUCUUUACAUGAUAAGGAAAGACUAGCAGAAGAAAUUGAAAAGCUGAGAGCUGAACUUGACCAGCUGAAAAUGAGAACUGGCUCUCUAAUUGAACCCACAAUAUCAAGAACUCAUCUAGACACCUCAGCUGAGUUGCGGUAUUCAGUAGGAUCCCUAGUGGACAGCCAGUCUGAUUACAGAACAACUAAAGUAAUAAGAAGAGCAAGGAGAGGCCGCGUGGGUGUGAGAAGAGAUGAGCCAAAGGUUAAAUCACUUGGGGAUCAUGAAUGGAACAGAACGCAGCAAAUAGGAGUACUAAGCAGCCAUCCAUUUGAAAGUGACACUGAAAUGUCUGAUAUUGAUGAUGAUGACAGAGAAACAAUUUUUAGCUCAAUGGAUCUUCUCUCUCCAAGUGGUCAUUCUGAUGCCCAGACUCUAGCUAUGAUGCUUCAGGAACAAUUGGAUGCAAUUAACAAAGAAAUCAGGCUGAUUCAGGAAGAAAAGGAAUCUACAGAGUUACGUGCUGAAGAAAUUGAGAAUAGAGUGGCCAGUGUGAGCCUGGAGGGCCUGAAUUUGGCUAGGGUCCACCCAGGUACCUCUAUCACUGCCUCUGUUACAGCUUCAUCACUGGCCAGUUCAUCUCCCCCGAGUGGACACUCAACGCCAAAGCUCACCCCUAGAAGCCCAGCCAGAGAAAUGGACAGGAUGGGAGUCAUGACACUGCCAAGUGAUCUAAGGAAACACCGGAGAAAGAUUGCAGUUGUGGAAGAAGAUGGUCGGGAGGAUAAGGCAACAAUUAAAUGUGAGACUUCUCCUCCCCCUACACCCAGAGCCAUCCGGAUGACUCACACCCUCCCUUCUUCCUACCACAAUGAUGCCCGGAGUAGUUUAGCUGCCUCUCUUGAGCCAGAAAGCCUUGGGCUUGGCAGUGCCAAUAGCAGCCAAGAUUCUCUUCACAAAGCUCCCAAGAAGAAAGGAAUCAAGUCUUCAAUAGGACGUUUGUUUGGUAAAAAAGAAAAAGCACGACUUGGGCAGCUCCGUGGCUUUAUGGAAACUGAAGCUGCUGCUCAGGAAUCUUUGGGCUUAGGCAAACUUGGAACUCAAGCCGAAAAGGAUAGAAGACUGAAGAAAAAGCAUGAACUUCUUGAAGAAGCUCGGAGGAAAGGAUUGCCUUUUGCCCAGUGGGAUGGACCCACUGUGGUCGCUUGGCUAGAGCUCUGGUUGGGAAUGCCUGCCUGGUAUGUGGCAGCUUGCCGAGCCAACGUGAAGAGUGGUGCCAUCAUGUCUGCUUUAUCAGACACUGAGAUUCAGAGAGAAAUUGGAAUCAGCAAUCCUCUGCAUCGCUUAAAGCUCCGAUUAGCAAUCCAGGAGAUGGUUUCCCUAACAAGUCCUUCAGCUCCUCCAACAUCGCGAACUGUGAGUCAAUUUAUGCUCUACCCUUCCCCAGUGCUGGGCAAAUACCUGGAACUUUUCUUCCCACCAGAAUCACGAGACACCCCACAAUUCAUCCAUCCAGAGGUAUCAUAUAAUGCCUCUGAAAAGUCUCUGCUGAACUUGCAGAUAAAUUUAAUGUGUUAUUUUUUUAAUAACAGAACAAGUUUACAGUAUGGAAUUAUGUGCUUAAAAAGGUUGAAUUAUGACAGAAAAGAACUAGAGAGAAGACGAGAAGCAAGCCAACAUGAAAUAAAGGAUGUGCUAGUAUGGAGCAAUGAUCGAGUUAUUCGCUGGAUACAAGCAAUUGGACUUCGAGAAUAUGCCAAUAAUAUUCUUGAAAGUGGCGUGCAUGGCUCACUUAUUGCCCUGGAUGAGAAUUUUGACUACAGCAGCUUAGCUUUAUUAUUACAGAUUCCAACACAGAACACUCAGGCAAGGCAGAUUCUUGAAAGGGAAUACAACAACCUCUUGGCCCUGGGGACUGAACGACGACUGGAUGAAACUGAUGACAAGAAUUUUAGACGUGGCUCAACCUGGAGAAGGCAGUUUCCUCCUCGUGAAGUACAUGGAAUCAGCAUGAUGCCUGGAUCCUCAGAAACCUUGCCAGCUGGAUUUAGGCUGACCACAACAUCGGGGCAGUCGAGGAAAAUGGCCACGGAUGAUGUCGUGUUUUCAGUCUACUCUACCUAAAGUGCACUACCGUCUAAGAAGAUGAGCAGUGAAACCUCUGUGAAGACCGAAUUCGGAGGAAAUAAUGACAAGUAGUGAUUUAUUAAAAAUAAAAUGUGAUUCCGGGGGUUAUCAGAUAUCAAAUUUGAUUAGUUUACUACAAUUGUAAUAAAAUGCUUAAGUCAUUUGAAUAAGAAGCAUCAUCCACGUCAUAAAUUCUGUACAAGAGAUGCUUUUAUGAAAUGGAGCCACUUGUUUUUCAUGUUGUAAUAUACUAGGCAUUUAUGUAUUACUGUGUAUUUCUUUUUAAAUGUGUAAGUCUUAUGUAAAUGGAUAUAAAUAUGAUUUUUUAAAAAAUAAAAUAUAUGGUUCAUGGAGUCUUGAGUGCAAACAUUUGACAAUUCCAAGUACUGUUUGUAUUUUACCAUUUCACCAUUUUUACAGUUUUUGAAUUGUAACAGUCAAAUCAAUAUGUUUCCUAGAAGCAUGUUUCAUGCUUCAACAUGUUUCUCCUUCAAGUCUGUUAAUCCUUAAAGCUGAAUACCUGCCUCUGAUCAUGUAAAAAAGAAUGAUUUAACCUGGAACUGGAGCCAAAAAAAUGACCUUUAAAGGCAAUCAGGGAUGUCCUUAUCUCUAGAAAUAGCACUGUGAUGGCUUGAUCUCCUUUUCAAUACAAAACAAAGCCAAACUGUUUACAAGAGUCAAAAGCAAUUAUUUAAACAAAUUUAUAUUAAAAAAAUCUUCUCUUGUUACCUGUGGACCAAGAAAAAACAAAACAAAAAAAAAUAAAAUAAAACACUCUUUCCUAAUCAACACAUGUUCAUUCAAAUACCUUGAACCGUCAGCCCACACUGGACAGUGAAUGUCAACCACAGCAGAGACUGAGGCUCAUUUCCACUGGAAAAACAGAACCCAGAUACCCUUCCUUUUUGUCAAUGGAACAGAGCAUUUGCCAGACUCAUGACUAAUGUUAUAAGCUUUUAGCCAACAUGGCCUUGUUGCGACUUCCCUGAAGUCAGUUUUAUCAGAGGAAAUAAACAAAAGGCAGAAUGGUUACAUAUAUAGUGUAUAAAAAGUAUAGAGGAGUAAUCUCUUCCCUGUGGCUUUAUUUGGUGGUGUUAUUGUUGUUUAUUCUUUGUUUAUAUGGAAGAUUUCAAAGUAAAAUCUAUUUAAUAAUACCAUUUAUCUAAUUGCUGAUUUUCUGCUGCUUGAUCUUAUUAAGCGCAAGACCUGUCAUUAGUAAUUUCUUUUUUGUACUUUCAUUUGCUGUUUGCACGUACAUUACAUUUGUUUUGAUGUCUAUUUUUGUUUAACAGAUACAGUCAAAAGGUAAUGGUAACAGAAACCCUCUCCAUUGUCAAUAAAAAAAAUACUUCCAGUU